AUGUUUUAUUUAUUUAUUUUGUUAACUCAAAAUUCCUGGUCAUUCGUCUUCCUCUCACUCCCUCUUUCUCUCUCCUCUUCUCCAAUCACACGGGCACCUGUAAAUUAAUUCUUCUUCACAUAGAGAUGGAGUUGGAUCCGCGGCUCUACGAAAACAUCGCUGUUAGUGACAGUGACUCCCACAGCAUUGUGCUAUCAUAUCUCGUGCAUAAUUGCUUCAAAGAUACUGUGGAGUCCUUUGUUGGUUGUACAGGGAUAAAGCCGCAGGCUAAUUGUCUUGAAGAUAUUGACAGAAGAAAAAGAAUCAUCAAGUUCGCCUUAGAAGACAGUUCCCUCAAAGCUAUUGAACUCACCGAAGAACUAGCACCAGGUUUACUUGAGCAAAGCACGGAUUUGCACUUUGAUCUUUUGAGCCUUCGCUUCGUUGAGCUGGUGUGCUUAAGAAAAUGCACAGAAGCUCUUGUAUUUGCUCAGGAAAAGCUGACUCCUUUUGGCAAGGUUCAAAAGUAUGUUAAUAAGCUUGAGGAUUUUAUGGCUUUGCUUGCUUAUGAGGAACCAGAAAAAUCACCAAUGUUUCAUCUCGUCAGCCUAGACUACAGACAAGAUGUUGCAGAUAAGUUAAACCGGGCAAUUCUAGCUCAUACCAAGCAGCCAAGUUAUUCGUCCUUGGAAAGGCUGAUUCAGCAGACUUCUGUUGUUAGGCAACACUUGAAUCAAGAACCUAACAGUAACAAGGACGGUCUUCCUCCAUUUUCUUUGAAGGAUUUCACCAAUUGCUGAAAAGAAAAUAAUAAUUAUUCUAAAAUAUCAGGCAAGGGGCAAGUUAGGUGCAUGCAACACAUCCAGAUCAGAGGUAUUGCAUAUGAGCAAUAAAUCGAGUUUGUUGAUGAAGGUGCUCCUUGAAUGUUGGUCUUCCUGGCAUUUACCUUCCGCUGGCUGAACAUAAAACCGUCAUUACAUUGUACAGGUUGUACAUUUGUCAGUAGACUCCAUAGUUGAGUGUAGCUCAUUAAAGUUCACUUAGCAGUAUUGGAUAUCCAGUCCUCUUUUUCUUGGUUUCAAGAUUUUUACUAAUGUUUAUUGGGAAUCUCUAGUUGGAUUAUAGAUUGAAGGUAUUUUUGUUAACAGCAGCAUAAUCUUUUAUGUUAUAUGAUGCUGAUACUUCGUUGAUGA